CGGGCUGAUGCUUUAAUCACAAAAGUAAAUUCCACAAACGAGUAAACCUUUUGGUAAACAGAACCUCGUUAGUACGGAUUCCUCUUAAGUAGAAACUGUUGAAUCUGUCUAAAUGUCAGCAUUUCUCUUUUUAACCAACACCAGAAUUAGGUAGGCGACCCGUCCGUUAUUAAAAGAAAACUCGAAGUGACAGCUCUUCGUUUUUCUGCCGCUCUUCGCUCCAAAUCGUUCCACUACGUCAAGUCCUCGUUUCCCGUGCUGAGGCGUUCGGCUCCUGAAAGAGAUUUAGUUUUUUUGGUUCAGCUUUAGGAAGUGACUCUUUUUUCCCGCUCAAUCAAGUUCAGUCUCUUUAAUUUCACAAUUUACUAAUUGUGAAAUCAUUUCAAAAUUAGUAAAUGACUCAUCAAAGGUGUUUAAACGCAGAAAUAAUUCUGCUUUAUUAGACAAGACUGACCCUUGCGAGUCAUCAGACAAUAUAUAACAGAACGCGUUACACAUUAUAAAUGACUAAUAUAUUCUUCAUGCAUUAAUCGUCCCAGCGACCCUCUUAGAUGGGGUUUGUUGGUCGAGCAUGCGUUUGUUAAAGCCUCGCGUCUGUCAUGAUUCAGAGUCCUCGACUGUCAUAGCCUACUCGUUCGUAGCCGACACACCACUCGUCCCGUCCGCUCGUUGAAGAUGUCUGCGACGGGCUCAAGCGGCUGCGGACCCGGACCUGGAUCCAGCCCGGGAGCCGGGUCCGGGACUUCGAACCCUCGGAAGUUUAGUGAGAAAAUUGCACUGCACACACAGCGCCAGGCCGAGGAGACAGCCGCCUUCCAGGAGGUCAUGAUGGACAUCACUUCGACCAGGCUCCAAGCCCAGAAAAUCCGUCUGGCUCGGAGUCAAGGUCCAUACUAUGGAGGCUCGCUGCCCAAUGUCAACCAGAUCGGCCGGAAUCUUCAGGACCUCCAGGGAUCUUUUCCUUCAACCAUGGACUCCAACCGCUUGACUCGGCAUCACGGCCUGGUAGAGCGAGUCCAGCGUGACCGGCGAUUCAUGUCUCCAGCCCGGCCGUACCGCAGCAGACAAGUGGACAGCUCACAGUAUAACCCUGCCUACCUGUCUCCACCGCCGGACCCCAGCUGGAGAAGGAACUGGUCCGGAAACUUCCACGGGGAUAAAAGCCAAUUGUUCCGUCUCUCCACCACCGCACUCAACAGGACCAACUCAGAUUCGGCUCUUCAUACCAGCGUCAUGAAUCCCCCUUCAGGAGACCCCUUCACCACUGGAGGACCCACCCUGCUCCCCCACAGCGGCAGACGCACCGGUCAGAGUGAGGGUGAAGGAAGAAGAAUGUUUCCGUACCCGGUGCCUCCCAUCGAGGAGAACGUGCUGGAUGAGGAGAAACUGAAGCCUUGGGACGUGAAGAAGUUGCCUCUACUGUCAUCGAGACCCAAGUCCUGCGAAGUUCCUGGCAUCAGCAUUUUCACGUCUCCGGAGCAGCCGCCGAACCCCGCACACGGCGUCCCGUCUGCCCUUAACACGGGUGGGUCGCUACCAGACCUGUCCAGCCUGCACUUUCCCUCGCCUCUGCCCACGCCGCUGGACCAGGACGAGCCCGGCUUCCCAGGAUCCUCGUCCCUCAGUGGAGGCAACAGCACUGGCAACCUGGCUUCCACGCUCACCCAAUUGGGCAUCAACGCAGGAAACCCCACGGGAAACGGCGCCUUCCACCAUCACACACAUGGCCUGCUGGCGUCCCUACAGAGCACGCUCAGUAAUCCCUCGCUGCAGUCGUCGCUAAGCAACCCCAACAUCCAGUCGUCCCUCAGCAACCACUCUUUCUCCAACUCCCUAAGCUCCGCCUCCCUACAAUCGUCACUCAGCAACCCCUCUCUGCAGUCCUCCCUCAGCUCCUCCCCCUCGCUCCCAUCCUCCCUCAGCAGCCAAUCCCUGCACUCCUCCCACAGCAGCUCCUCCCUCCAGUCCGGGUCCGGCUACAGCAGCGGCGCUGGCGGCUCCUCCUCGACGUACUCGCCGCUGCUGAGCGGGCAGGGUCAGCCAGCGCUCAGUACGUCGCCACGGAGACGGGCACAGCUCUCCCCCCUCAUCCUGCCCAUGGGGGGAGAGUCCAGGAGGCACCACUCCAAACAGUUCUCCCCCACCAUCUCUCCCACCCUGUCCUCCAUCACACAGGGCGUGGCUUUGGACACCAGCAAGCUGCCCCUGGACCAGCGGCUGCCCCCGUACCCACUCAGCCAGUCGCUCCAGCACCAGCCUGGCCUGCCGGGAGCCCAGCCUGGGCAACAGCCUCCCCUGCUGGCCCACCCGCAGCAGAUGCACCGACUACAGCAGCCGAGAGGAAACAACCAGCAGCUGCAGCAACUGCACCUGCAGAAUCUGCGCAACACACACAACCAGCCCCUGCAGCACAACUUCCGAGCGCAGCAGCAGCAGCGAGUGGCGCCAACUCAGACUCCUCUCGGGCUGCUCAUCAAGAACGAGAGCGGGUCAGACUCGUGCCUCCAGAACUCGUCGACCCUUCAGUCGGACCAGCAGCGAGGACUUGACCUGUCUCAGCUGCAGCAGCUUGGCCAGCACCUGACUUCAGACAUCUACAACGAUGCUCUCCUCAACUCUCUGCUGGACGACCCGUAUCUGAGCCUGCAGUUUCCCUCCAAGCCCAGCCAGCAGUUCUCCUCAGAGAACCAGAGCGACGGCCUGAACUACAGUGGCUCAGAGAAGAACCAGCACCACUCAGGCACCCAGGCCCCACUGGACCUGCAUGACCCAGCAGACCAGCAGAUGCUCAACAACCAGAACCAGAACUACGGAGAGGGACGACACACCGUGCCCAACAUCAUCCUCACAGGCGAGUCUCCACCGGGUCUGUCCAAGGAGAUCACCACUGCACUGUCUCACGUCCCAGGCUUCGAGAUGGACCCCUUCUCCCUGGAUGACCCGCUCAGGAUGGACCCUCUGUCCCUGGACAUGCUGGAAGGGGACCUGAUGCUAGCCGACCCAGCGGUGGAGGACUCGUUCAGAUCUGACCGGCUGAAGUGACCCCUCCCCAUUCCCCUUCUGCUGCCACCCUUGCUGGCAAACCCCAGUCAGAGAGGAGUGCAAGCUGCUGGUCCCCGUCCGAACUGAGGGUCAUCAUGUGCACACGGUGGAUUCCGAAGAACGGAGAAUUCCUUCUUUUAGACGGCAGCUGGCGGCGACAGAGCGUCCCGUCACGCGGCGCCCGUCGUCUCCUCUAGGCAUUAGCUCGUCCCGCAUGCUCCUGACUAACGUGACCAUGUGACCUUCAAUAGCCAACGAGCAUCGCUUGUCAGACCCGACAUUAUAUUAAUAUUAUGCAUCUUGAUGCAGCUGCCCGAGCUUUCAUGCUACCUGCAGCGCAGGCAGCCACGCCACUUUAACAGGAAGUUAGCCAUGACGUUUUAUACGGAUGCUCAGAGAUUAUUCUGGAGAUUCUGCUUCUCCAGACUCGGGCGACCACGGGCUUGUUACCUGGAAACUGUGUGUGUAUGUGUGUAUGUGUGUGUGUGUGUGUGCGUGUGUGUGUGUGUGUGUGCGUGCGCGUGCGCGUGUGUGCGCUUUUACUUCAUGGGCCUCUCGACUUGCUCAUCUGUGGCCGAUAACUGAUUCCCUCUCAAGUGCCAGAACAUCCACCAGUGGUCCACCGUCAGAGCAUAGAAAACCUUCAAUAUCUGACCAACAAAAAUGUCGUUCAGAUUUGAUACCAAAAUAGAAUCGCAGUCAAUAAAGAUCGUACAAAUCAACCCACCACUACACAAACCAUUCUAACCAGUGUAGAUUAAAUCAAAUAUUAUUUUUCAAUGUACUUUUUUACUUUUUGUAAAUAUUAUUUUUUAUCGCUAACUUAUGGAUAAACUCUGAACAGGUUUUGUUCACAUUAAAUUUACACAUUUUGUUAUUUAUUCAAAAAAAUAUUUGCCAAUAAAAAUGAGAAAUAUUCUUUUUUAAAUUGUUUAUUUUUACUGAUACAUUUUACUGUCUCAAAAAAUAAUGCAGAAAUAAAUUAUUUUUUUAGUGUUUGUAUUGAAAUCGUCAAUAAAAAAAAAAACGAAUCGACAGCCAUAAGGUCCGCCCCCUCUAUCCUACUGGCACUUUCUUCAGACGUAUUUAAAACUCUGCCUGGUGUUUUAUUUGACGUUUUUGAUAUUGUAGAAGUCAUUUGUAAAAGUGCAUGACAAACAGGAUGUUAGUUCAGGACCUAUAUGAUGACCACCUGCCUUAUAUUGUCCGGGUUCCUAUUCUGCAGUGGUCAGUUGCUACGACAAGGUAGUAAAGCUGUCAUGUAGCUGUUGACCACUGCAGUAGGUUCACGAAAUUAAGCUUUUCGUGUUAAACCAAAAUAUAAAAAAAAAUGUCUUUUUCUAGACCAGAAUAAACAAUGCAAUUUUGGACAGAAUGAGCUGUGGCCCCUUAGUGGAAGUCCUGUUCCUAGUUUUGAUGGUCUGGAUUUCAAAGUGGAGGAGAUGAUGUCAGUGGUUAAACUGAGUGGGAUGAGGAUCAGCUCCUCCGGUUCUAGACAGAGGACUGAAAGUGUAUUGUUUGCUUGUAAUUGAGAAGUUGUUAUGAAGAGACGUGCCACUGCCAAGCUGGAGCAAGUAGACUAAAACAUGACCCAGAAAACAUCUCAGGAACCUGAAAAGAAAGUUUGAGAACCAGCCUUUCAGUGUUUGCAAAUGGAGCAAAGAAAACAAGAUUUUUAGACAGUUUCCCCUUGAUGGAAUGAACUUGCUUCCCAGACUCGACCAGUAGAGGGCGUGGAUGAGCACUGUGGAUCUGUGACUUCAGUUAGCGGCCAUUUCUUCUUGUGAACAUUUAUUUUGUACAUCUUUAGUUCAUCCGCAUCAUUCGCAGUGAAAGAGUUUCCGUGAGUUUUCUAAAUUGUUUGUUAAUAUUUUUGCUGUAAAUAUUCACAUUUUGAAGCUCCGGAGAUUUUUAAAGAGACAUAACUUCACCAUAUUUUACAGAAAAUAAACAAAUUGAAUAUUUGUCUGGAACUGUUGUUUUAC